AUCCACCAUUUAAAAUUGGCGAGGUCAGUCAUGAGAAAGCAAAACUUGUGAAAGAAGCUGGAUGGGUAGAUGCAAAUAUGUUUGUGAAAGCUGUUUCAUAUAAUAUGUAUCUGCGAUAUUGGCGACAUGUAACUAACUUCCAUCAAUUCGUGACCAAAGUCGAUUGGGUAGUUGAAUUACACGGGGUUGAUGGUGACCGUGUUAAACACCUUAUUCAACGACCUGCUCAGCAUGUACCUAUUCCACCACCACAACAAUUAUCAUACCCUGAAGCUUAUAAUCUAGUUCAAGAACAUGCCGAUUUUAAUCGUGCGUUUCGCGAGUUUGUAUUAUAUGAAACGGAAGACAGGAUGAUACGUUUAAAGGCAAAAGAUGAAGUAAUACGAGGCCUUGCAGCUCGUAACAAUUACCUGGAGGAUCAGAUGCAAUUCCGUAUGCAACAAACGCCGCGUCCCCCUAUUGGAUUCGGCAGUUUUUCUGAAACUAUCCCACCAGCGGUGUGGGCUCCAGUGAGUCAAGCAUCAACAAUGUCGUCUGUUAACCCCCAUCCGAGAAUGACGUUUAUCCCACCACGGCAAACACCAUCGCAUACUCCUACUGAUGAAUAAGUAACUUUUUAGCCUCCACUUUGGAUAUGUACUUUUUAGCCUCCACUUUGGAUACUCCUACAAAGUGCGUAUGUUAUCUCUAUAUAGGGUUACUUUUUAGCCUCCAUUUUCAGACUCCAUUUUCAUUCUGACAUGU